AGGACGUGAAAUGAACCAAUACCGGGUUCCUGCGUUAGCAACAGACGUGGAAUGGGACGAGGAGAAGACCUCGGAACCUCCAAGAGAAAUCAAGGAAAUACUGAAGGAGUUCCAAGACAUUCUUCGCGACGACCUCCCGGACGAGCUACCGCCAUACCGAACGCACCAACACGAGAUCGUGGAGGAACCAGGUUCGAAACCGACCUUCCGAGCACCAUAUCAGCUAAGCCCCACAGAACUAGCCGACAUGAAGAAACAAAUCGAGUAUCUCCUCGCCAAGAGACUCAUACGACCAUCCACUUCGCCAUACGGUGCCCCAGUACUCUUCACACCGAAACCGGACGGAAGCAUGCGCAUGUGCAUCGACUACCGAGCUCUCAACAAGCAGACCAUCAAGAACAAAUACCCGAUUCCACAAAUCGAUGACCUGCUUGACCAGCUUCGGGGAGCCACGGUAUUUUCAAAACUAGAUCUGCGGUCCGGAUACUAGCAGAUAAGAAUGGCAGACGAUUCCG